CGUAAACAACAAAAGAUACCAAAAAAGUCAUUGCUUUUUAAUCAUCUUCCAGAUGUCUUCUCUACAUAAUGGUUUUCUCUCUACGAAUAGUCAAUGCAGAUUUUUAUACUGCAGAUCCUAUGCCAGGAUUGGACCCUGUUUAUUCAGAUUUUCGCUCAAGUAAAAUUGUGAAAGUUCCGGUGAUACGAAUUUUCGGUUCGACACCAAAUGGUCAAAAAUGUUGCUUGCAUAUUCAUGGMGUGUUUCCUUACAUCUGCGUUCCUUAUGGUGGAGAUGAACCGAGAGAUGCUUAUCUUAAACAGUUUGCUACAAGUGUUGACUUUGCCUUGCAUGUUUCGCAGGGCAAAGCAUCUUCAACGAGUCGCCACGUCCAUAAAAUAGAGAUCAUUUCAGCCAGAUCAUUUUAUGGAUACCAUGAUGAGGAACAAGAAUUCAUGAAGGUGUAUUUCUAUAAUCCUUUUGUGGUCACAAGGGUGGUUGAGUUAUUACAGAGUGGCGCAGUGAUGAACAAGACAUUUCAGCCRUAUGAAUCUCACAUACCAUACAUCCAACAGAUGUUUAUUGAUUACAACCUCUAUGGAAUGAACCUGUUGAAUGCUUCGUCAGUUAUGUUCAGAACACCCAUCCAGCUAAAACAAGAUGAUCCAGCAUUAUAUGAAGAUAGCUCCCAUUCUCCUGUCACACCUAUUUUGUCUCCUUCAAGUAUUACCACAGGAAGCCCAUGUGAGCAAUUUUGGACUGAAGAAAAUGUUCCAAGAAACUGCCGCCAUGCAUCAGCUGUAGAGAGGAUUAGUCUAUGUGAAUUAGAAGUCGACGUCAAGGCUGAACACGUCAUGAAUCAGUUUGAAAUUGGAACAAGCAUUGGUACAAACCCUGGUCUUUUGACGAUAUGGCAGGACGAGCAACAACGGAGACAAGACGAGAAUGAUACGAGCGAUCUAGGACCACCAAUUUCUCAAGAACGCGGUAAAAUUCCUUUACUCGAAGCAGAGCGAAGAUACAAAGAAAGACUGGAACAAAUUAUUGUCGAUAGAAACCUUAUGAUACAAAGUCAGGCUGAAGAUCACGUACCUUCUUCAAUUUCUCCACCUCCAAUUGAGAGAGAACCAUCGAGUUUUGACAUCAAUGAAAAUACACCGAUCGUUGACCACAGUAUCUUAGAGGAAGUAACCAGGUCCAGUCAGCGGGCAUUCUCGCAAGAAACAGGAAAUGCCACUGAUGUCGAAAUGAUCGAAAUCCUUGCAAGUUUAGCAGAAUCUCAAAGUCAGUCAAGAUGCCAAGACCCUAUAGGUAACGUUCCAGAAAAAAAAAGAAAAGAAAAAGCACUCAGUCUAACACCUAUUAGUGAACUAAGUAAUCACAUUAAAGUGGACAUCUUGGUAUCCAUAAUCUUUAUCACCGACAUAAUGAUAUCAAAAUAUCCCAUACCAUUGCGGGAACUGGCUGUAUAUUGCCAUGAGCAAUGUAAACGAUGGCGCGUCGUCAUGCCUAUAGCUACCAAGAUGUGUGUUGUCCAUUUUCUAUGUAUGAAUAGGUCAAAUCAUUUUCAAUUUUGACUAAAUUCCACUUAUUUUAAAAUAAAAUUAUUUAAAAUUAAACCUUUCAUGCCCGCAAUUUAUUUUUGAAUUUAAUCAAACUAUUGUAGAUUCAUAUUCCUCUGAAUUUGUUUACUUCAGUGACGAAAUCUGGGUUUGCUGUGCUGGGUUUCGAAAAGUUGGCUGUGGCUAGAUCUGCAGGGACUUUUACGAACCAAAAACUCAAAAAUGCUCAAGAUAUAGGGUGGUCAACUUCAAAAAACGAGGRAUUUCGAUUUGCAAAAGACGAUUUUGACGUGAUUCUCACUCUUAUCCGGUGCACCACAAAGUCGAAAUUUAUCAUUUCUUUUUUUAAGGGUCCUUUUUGCCCAGAUAUUGUGCUAGAUGUUAAUUGUUUUCAACUGAAUGGUAGAGYKUCAUUACUAGCUGUUGUCAUGUGACACAUUUGGUGGUCUUAAUUUGCGAUCUCGGAAACUUGGAAGACCGACAAUCCCUAAAGCGGACGUCAAAGGGUUAAAAUUAUUUUAAAAUUUAUUGUAAGUUUUAUUGUAUUUAAAUUUGACUAUAUCUCACUUCCAA